AUGCAUGUGUACAUCCAUCCCGCGGUUCCUUGGCUGGGAGAUCACCUCAAGUCAUUCAUCCGAAAGCUCGUGCCAGAUGCCGUCUUCAUCAACAACUUUGAUGAUUUCCCGCCAGAUGCAUCGAGCGUCUUCCAAUACUGUGAUGGAUGGGCUUUAAAUCGAAACUUCGCCAUUCUGAACACGGCACAGUCGGCACUCAUCAAUGCCUACCCCAACAGCGACGCCCUGGCUCGGAAGGAUUAUCUCUCUAAAGUCAUUGAGUUCUGGGCAGCAAAGAGGCCAGACAGUAUCCUGAGGACCAAUGUCCCACUCACAGUGCGCCUGUCUCUUGACUACGCAGAGUAUGUCGAUGAAGCUCUGACUGCUGCGGACGAUCUCACGCUGCUGUCCUCGCUGGAGGAGAACGAGUUCCGAGCUGCUAAGGAGCGCGAGUGGUGGAUAUUGAAGCCAGCUCUGGUGGACUGUGGCGCUGGAAUUCGCCUCUUCAGCACUAUUGAUGAGUUGGCAAGCUGUCUCGAGCUUGCCGAGUAUGAAGUUGAUGAGGAUAAUGAGAGUGACCUCAGCGAGCGGGCUGUGGAAGGAAAUGGCAAAUCGGCCGACGAUACGGAGAAUGACAUUUCCAAUGAUUUCUCACCGACUCUGAAGAGUCCUGGUCUGAACUCACUGGAUGUCCUCAUCACGGCUGCAGGCGCAAUUUCACUUGAGAAAUACAAGAGCGGCAUCCAAAGAGCCCCCAAGCCGCAGUAUGUGUUCAAGGAAGGCGGAAGAAUUCCCUCAGCACAGAUACGUGAGUUCGUGGCUCAGCGAUAUGUUAUUUCCAUCCCGCCGAUGGAGAAGAGAAAGUGGCAUGUGCGAGCCUACGUUCUCUCCAUGGGUCGUCUGAAGGUCUAUGUUUUCAAGGAAAUGCUCGCUCUGUUAGCAGGGGAGGACUACGAGCCGCCCUGGCUAAAUCCCAGCCUCAAGUCUUCCCUGACCAACACGGCACUCCAGGACGAAGAUGUUUUCGUGAACAAAGAAUCAAUGAGAGACUUUUGGGCAGCCCCGGAUGACCUGCUCCCGGGAAACUGGAAGCCUAGCAUUUUUGAUCAGAUUUGUAGCAUCUCUGCCGAGCUGUUCCGUGCAGCUGCUUAUACAAUGGCUGACAAGUUCACCACGGUGAACAAAUGUUUCGAGCUGUUUGCCGUGGACUUUCUCGUUGACACGAACGGGACCGCAUGGCUGCUGGAGGUAAACGAGACGCCCGCGUUUUAUGACGUUGGAAUCGCUGGCCCGCUGGCCGUGCGCCUCAUGGAAUCGAUAGUUUGUAUUUCUAUGGAGCACAUGGGUCAGAUCCCGCUUGAUGAUGAGCAGAACGCGCCUAUUAAUAGGCGAAUGAUUCAGAUUCUGGACGAAACAGACAAACUAGCCAAGAGCAACAUCACGGAGAUCCUCCCAGAGGAUUAA